CACCUGUGAGGUAACGUUUAGAGCAAGAAAGACAGCACCUCUCGCCGCUUUCAUAACCUCUGUUUUAGAUUUUCUCUUUUCUCUUCGUCUGUUCAAAUUUUUGUGUUUGGAUACGUGGGUUUUGGGUGGGUCGUUUGGCGUUUGGAUUUCAGAGCCUGAAACUCUCGCGUUUGUAGGUUGUGGAACAUAGAUCAAGGAGAAACAUGGAAGAUGUCCUAACAGAAAUUCCCCCACCUUCAAGGUUUUUUAAAGAAGAUCUCAACAACUUUACUCCUCCAUCACCUCCUCUUCCAUCUCCAUUCCUCUUAUUUUCUAGUCUGGACAAGCCCCUUCGUUCCUCCCUUCUCAUCAUUGCCAUAUCUUCUCCUUCUCUCUCUGUGUUCCACCAUGUUGCCACAAAAACCCUAAUUGGGACUCUCAUUCUCCCUGAGAUUCCCUUAUCUGGAAACUCUUUUGAACCAUCUCUCAGAGACAAAUCCUGCAAUAUAUAUGCCCUUAAUGAUGCUGAUAAUUCAGUUCUCCUUGUCUCUGUUCAAUACUCUGUCAGUGCAGAGCGAUCUCAUGCUAUUGCAAAGUUGCUGAUUGGUGAGCAGAUUAUUCCUGAGAGGGUUUUGAUCAUGGAUUCAGUUCAAAGCCGGAACUUCCGUGGUAAGCUCUCGCCAGAUGAGACAUUUGCCUUCAAGCUGGAGACAUCAUCAGAAAGAAAAGAGCACAGUGAUGGUUCCAGCAGUUCACCACUGUUGAAGGGUUUGGACUAUUUCCCAUCAGGAAGCAUGGUAGAUGGCUUGGCUGCUGCUCUGCUCAGUCGAUGCCAGAUGAGGAACAUCAAAGGAACUCUAUGCGUUUCAUGGCCAGAGUUUGGUGGUUCUGGGGUGUCACUGGUUAAAUCUAUAAUAAAGGAGGUCUUGCCUAGCUUGGAAUUUAGUGUAAACAGUGAUAGGGAGGAUGAAUACUCUAAGUUGGACCAGAUCAAGGAUCAUCCUUUUGACUCUGAAUUGUAUACCUGAUGAACUGCUUUCAAGGUUCAAACUUUCUCACUUCAAAGAUUUUCUUCUUUCUCCUUAUUUUUUAGUUUUGAUUUUGUUCUUUAUUUUAUAAAUUUUCUAAUGAGGUUGUGACCAAGGAUGUUUCUGGGUCUGUCUAUUGUUUGUGUCAAGGAUGUAGAAUUUUUUUAAGAGAGAUUGAAAAUUGCAUGUUUCUGGUAGUUCUA